UAUUACGAUAAUAAAUAAACGAUGUGUGCAAGCGAGUGUCUUCUGGUAUCUGUUGGUAUUAUUUUCGCUACCUUCUCUACGAUAUGGAUUUUGAAGGAGAUUUUUCGAAUGAUAAAGCUCUAUCUACUUCCAAACUUUAUUAAACAAGACCUUAAAAAAUAUGGAGAAUGGGCUGUAAUCACUGGUGGAUGCUCGGGUAUAGGAAAACAUACAGCUAUUGAGCUAGCAAAAUCUGGUUUGAAGCUUAUCCUUAUUAGUAACGAAUUAGAACAACUGCAGGCGACGGUGAAGGACAUUGAGACAAAAUUCGGAGUGGAAUGUUGUUACGUGUUGGCUGAUUUGACUGGUGGAAAAGAGGUAUACGACUGUCUUUGGAGUAAAAUCGAAGGUAAAGACGUUGGAAUUUUUGUCAAUUGCGCUGGAAUUGCCGGUAGAACACCGUGUUAUUUUCUGGACGAAACCGAAAGUAACACACUAGUAAUGAUAGCUUUAAACGUAGAAACUGUCGUCAAUAUGACUUAUCGAAUGUCUAACUUAUACGCGAAGAAAAAUAAAGGAGUUAUUAUUAAUGUUUCGUCGGCCUCUUCAAUAUUCCCAUUUUCUUAUUAUGCUAUUUAUUGUAGUUGUAAAAGGUUUAUGGAUGUAUUUAGCAAAGGGGUCAACGAGGAAUUAAUAGAUAAAGGCAUUAAUUUGCAGUCGCUCCUUCCAUAUUUUGUUCACACUAGAAUGACAAAUAAAAUGAAAAAAAAUAUGUUAAUUCCGUCGUGUAAGAAAUUCUGUGAAAAUUGGAUAAAAUGUAUUGGAAAGAAUCAGAGUUACGCUGGUUACUGGUUACACGAAAUUAUAAUUUAUAUUUUAUCGUUCUGUCCGAGUUUUUUUCUCAAUUACAUGACAAAAAACAUCUGUAUUAGUAAAUAUAAGAAACGAAUAAAUACAUCGAAAUCACGAAAUAAUAAAAAAAAAUUGCAUGUAAUCCAAUAUGUUAUUAUUUACAAUUUUUAUUUUUAUGUAUAAAAAUUAAAUUCUAAUUAUGC